CCCAACUUCGCACCGAGUCACACGGUAGGGGCGAAGUGAGAGGAGACAGGCGUUGGUGGUGGUGGUGGUGGUUGGUGGUGGUGGCGGUGUUACCAGCGACCAUUCCAAAGUCGUUCUCAUUCUCGGGCACUGCUCACCACAGCGUUGCGGUCCGGCACAAACGAGGAGUUACGGCACACGAGGAGAGACCACGCCGUGCCAACCCCGUCCAUCCCAAGCCCGUCGGGAUUCUUCUCGUCCCAACGUGAUUGGACCGGAGUCGACUUGAAUCUGCCCCAGCACUGACCCAGCCGAGUCCGGUCCAGUCUGGUCCGGUCCAGCAAGGUCCAGUCCGGUCCAGCAAGGUCCAGUCCGGUCCAGCAAGGUCCAGUCCGGUCCAGCCCAGGUCCAGUCCGGUCCAGCCAAGUCCAGUCCGGUCCAGCCAAGUCCAGCCAUGCUCACGGCACUCACCGCCGACGCCACGAGGGCGUACCAGAACUGGAUCAAGGAUGCAGACCCCCGCGUGGCCGACUGGCCGCUCAUGUCGUCACCGCUGCUGCAGACGGUGAUCCUGGCGGCCUACGUUUACUUCGUCAAGCGCCUGGGCCCACGCCUCAUGGAGAACCGCAAGCCCUUCGAGCUCAAGGGCGCCCUCGUCGCCUACAAUGCCGCGAUGGUCGUCUUCUCCAUCUACCUGUGCUACGAGUUCCUGAUGUCGGGUUGGGCUACUGGCUACACGUACCGGUGUGACCUCGUCGACUUCUCAAACUCUCCGCAGGCCGUCAGGAUGGCGUGGACCUGUUGGCUCUUCUACUUCUCAAAGUUCAUUGAGCUUCUCGACACGGUGUUCUUCGUCCUGCGGAAGAGGAAUGCACAGGUGACGUUCCUGCACGUGUACCACCACACCAUCAUGCCCUGGACCUGGUGGUUCGGGGUCAAGUUUGCUCCCGGUGGGCUGGGCUCCUUCCACGGGAUGGUGAACUCGUUUGUGCACGUCAUCAUGUACAGCUACUACGGACUCGCCGCCGCUGGACCCGCCUACCAGAAGUACAUCUGGUGGAAAAAAUACAUGACCGUCAUCCAGCUGGUGCAGUUCGUGUUGGUGCAGGCCCACAUCGCCCAGUUCUUCUUCCUCAAGGACUGCCCCUACAACUACCCCAUCUUCCUCUACAUAAUUUUCGUCUACGGCCUCGUCUUCCUCAUCCUCUUCCUCAACUUCUGGUACCAGGCCUACACCAAGGGCCUCCGCCCGCCUAAGAAGCUGGAGGGGGGCGCGGCGGGCGGCGACGGGUACCGCCGUCGCCACGACGACAACCACCACCACCACCACGUCGCCAACGGCAACGUCGCCAACGGGCAGCUCAACGGCAAGCACAAGGCCCAGUGACGAGGGGGAGGAGCCCUCCGUGCGGUCGUCGUCGUUCUCGUCACGUGGAAAAUUCCGCCGGCGUGACGCGCUUGGGACGACGAUGAUGAUGACGAUGAUGACGACGACGUUAACGAUGACGAUGACGUUAACGGUGUAGAUAAUGGUAAGGGGUGACGGUGGCGACGAUGACUUUGGUGACGACGAGGAUCGCGGUUACAACCGAUGCGACGACGAUGUUACUCGGGACCAGGAUGAUGACGGCGAUAAGCGCGACGGCAAUGAUGGCGCUGAGGAUGAUGACGACGACGACGAUAUUGACAGUGACCACAAAGAUUUUGAUGUCUUUUACGACAAUGACGACGACUAUGAAGACGACGUCAAUGAUUAUUAUGACAGACGACGACCGAGGCUGACUGUGGAUGACGGCGGCAAUAGCGGGGACUGCGAUCGUUAGUGACGAGGUCGACAGCGGCUGCGACGACGACGACCAUAAGUGCCGGCGACGACGACGAUGGCGGCGGCGACGACUACGUUAACGUCCGCGACUGAGCACUAAGGCAUUGACGACGACGAUGAUGAUGAUGGCGAUGGUAACUGCAGAGGCGAGGAGGGUUGUGACCACGAAGUGACGACCACGGUGACGCGAUGGCAAUGAAGAAACGGUGACGACUCCUCACGUGACCCAACCACACUGGUGGGGGGAGCCGAACAACAACUCCCCCCCCCGACCCCCCCCCCCCCCCCCCCUCUAAAUAUUAUUUAUGACGCGCGCCGAAACCUCGUCACGGUGGAGAGAGAAGGGGGCGGGGGGUGCCGGGAGGGCGAUGCGGGAGGGGCGAGCUGACGAUGAUGACGAGGGCGGGGGGCGCGUGCGCGUGUUGACCGGUUGGUGGACAGAAUAAAGAGGUGAUCGCCAGUGAGGGAGCCGCAGUGGCUGAGCCGUGGUCAUUUGCUGAGCCGAGGUCGCCGCUCGCGGCUCGUCGUGCGGUCGUGCCGGCGUCCACUUGGUCCGGGGUAAAGCCUCUCGCCCUUACCCGGCAACCGUUGGAACGACAUCGCACGACGCCCCCGCCAAUCGCUAUCUCCUUCCUCCACCACCACCACCGCCUGAGUAGCUCUCGCGGCAGGCACCGGUUGGGCCCCCCAGCUUUGCGGGCCAAGUCGUGGCGGUGGGGACGGGGGGGGGGGGGCCACGGCUUACGCUUGGAAAGCAGAAACAAAGCUGAUUUGCCAAAUCGAUUUUGUUUUUGACGUGGUACGUCGCGUGCAGAACGAAUGAGCGGGGUGGGGGGGGGGGUGGCGGGGGUAGGUCGGAGGUCAUCGUCGCGAUGGGUGGGGAUGGCAUGUUGACGUCCCGAGUUAUUUUUUUUUCCAUCGGGAGUUUAGUCGGCUCUGGGUCCGGUGAUCCCAAAACUGGGCGCGGGAUUGUCCCGUGCGAAAGAUUCCGGAAAGAAAAAAAA